ACGCAACAGCGCAUUUUUUAAAUGUUAUAAAACACUCGCAGAAAGUUUGUCCACGGUGUGCGGAGAUAAAAAAAGAUGAGUUUCAACGCGGAAGAGUACUAUCGGUCGGUUUUUGACGAGCAGCUCGCCUCGACUAUCGAGGAUUUGGAGAAAGAGUCGGAGGAAAAGACGAGCUCGAUGCUUCUCGCGGAGGACAUCGAGGAGAACAGGAGAGCGACCAUAGCCCUGGAAGAGCAGGAAAAGGAGUUGCAGGGGAAGCGGGAGCGUUUGCGAGAAAGAGCCGAAAAGGUGUCAAAAGAAAAGGAGGAACUGAGGCAGUUAAAACGGGAUACUGCUAAGGAGCUGCAAGAAAAUCAGGCCCAAAAGCUGCAAGCCAUCCAACAUGCAAAGGAAGAGGAAGAAAAAAUCGAAAAGCUAGAAAAGAGCAUUGAAGAACUGACGAAACGGUAUGAAGGCCUGCUCGAAGAAAGACAAGAAGAGCACCGGCGUAGACGGCAGGCCAAACUAAACCGGGAGAGCAGUGCAAAGAUGCCUGGAAAGUUUGAAGACGCCGAUCGAUGCCGUGAAUGUCGUAGAGCAGAGUACCUGAGAGACGAAAACCUACGACUUAAAGCUGAACUAAAAGAGAUCGAUCGCUCAAAUCUGGAACUGCAGAAGGACAUAAAGGAGGAGAAGACUCGUAUCCUGCACCUCUCUGAAGAGCUGAGGCAGAAGAAGACAGAGCUGGAAGACAUCACAGCAGAAACAGAAAGAUUGAAACUGAAACUAGAGGAAGAGCUCACCACUGAACAUGAAGACGAGGUCCUGAACGCUCAGAUAAAGGCCGGGAUUCGUUCGAUGUAUCAAAUGAUCGCACCUUACUGGAAAGAGUCUGAAGCUGUUGAGGACCCCUUCAAGCAGCUGCAGCUGGUGAAUAAUGAGAAACACUUCUGGCAUCCCUGAUUCAUUUGUUGAUGAUACGGUGUUUAAAGUGAAAUGCGAUUCGAAAACAGUUUCAACUUAUGAAAGCUUUUGGUGAAGAACAAAAAGCAGGUGAAACUAAAGACAACAAGCAGCGGAGAUCCAAGCUCUGAAGAUGCACCAAAACCAGCCAGAUGUACCUAAACUACAUAAUAAAAUCAUUUUGACAGCAUUGUGUCCUGGAUGCUAUACUGAGAGGAAUAGAUUUUUAUUUAAAUGUUUUUGUCAUCAUUUUUGUUAUGAAAUCAACCUGCUACUCGCUGCACCCUCUUGCUCUGAAAAACUACACUACACUCACAUUAGUUCUUAUUAAAUAUUUUUGGUUUAUUUUCACACACAAGCAACAGACUGCAUUUUCAGAAACAUUUGAACAUACUUGAACUUAAUAAUUUAACAUAAUCGGCUCAAAUCACAAAACCGUUUCUCACCACAUAUAACCUUUGUAUAGUGUUUGAUCUGACUGCAUAAUAACCACUCAUCUUUUUCAUUGGUAAACUUUAGCGCUGAUUCAAUGCAUUUUACUCUCUAAAAAGAUCAUCAAUACGGCACAAUGUACUUUAUAAUAUAAAGAAAUGUUCUGUGUUGAACCUUUUGCCGGUUUUUCUUCGUAAUAUUUUACAAUAAGGUUCAUUAGUUUACAAUAAUUAACAAUGAACAACUGUAUUUUCAUUACCUAACAUUAACAAAGAUUAAUAAAACGUGCAAUAAAUUCAUUGUUCAUUAAGCUUUUACUUACAUUAAAGUUAACAAAUAACACCUUAUUGUAAAUGUUACCAUUUUUGUGGUAGUUGUUGCUGUCAGUGACCAGCAGAUGGCGCUACAGUCAAGGCCACAAAACGCCGCACUCGACCCUCUUCAUUAUUUUGUUCUUUCGCCUUUAUUUUAAGCUUUACUUUCGUUGAGAGUACGCCACAUUUUAUUCAUAAGUAGAUAGCAUCUAAAUUUCACUGCCAUCUCAUCGGAAGGUAAUUUUUGCACCUCUUUAGCUGAAAGCGGUCCUGCCGAUGGGCUCUUUGUAAUGUCAGCCUGCAGGGUUUUAUCACAAAUCCAGGAGAUUAUGUGUAAGACACUCAGGCACCUUGCAUGUGUCUGUCUUUCACUGUGUGUGUUUGUGUGUGUGUGUUUUACGCUUUCUGAUUACCACAUACUUUAAUCUAAGAGCGCAAGUCUGUGGUAGGCAUUUUACUCAGUUUCUGAUUUUCUCAAUCUUAUCGUCUUGCCCAUAUCUUAUUAUUUCUGUCAGAGGUUUGUUUCUUAAUCUAUAUUAAUGGCAAGUUCACAUUUAAUAUCAUGUACACCUGUCUCUUUCCCUCCCCCUAAACA